CUGCUCUUGCCAGCGCAGUCGCACCCAUGUUCCUUCGCCUUUGAAAUGUCGACAUGACCGUCUCAGCUUCAACUUCCUUCAAAACAUCUGUCAACCCACGAUGAAGCCCAGAUUACAGCGGCUCGUGCCGCUUCUCUUUGUCAUUCUCUCUUUAUUAUUUGCCUUAUCUUCAGCCCAGAUUCGCGCAAACGACCGAACGCAUACAAAGCAGAAACCGCUCGGACAGCAGGAACCAUUGAAGCAGCGCGGCCGGGUGCUCCCGAACACCUGGGGGGUUUCUCCGCGCAAUGAUGGCGACCGAUGGACAUUGGCGGUUGAAGAAGCCACGACGCUCCUUCACAAAAUCCGGCCCGCGUCGACGCCAUGGUGGAAUUUCAGCAAGAAGACUGGAGUCCUCGGAUCAAGUGCAUACUACGCUAAGGAGCUCUUCUUCAUUCUGUUCAUGAAUGGCCCUCCCCAGCAGGAGCUCCUCACCACCAACCCGCAGCCCAAGAAGCUCAGCCAGCCCCUCUCACAAGCCGUCAAGCUGCUGGAGGGUGCAGCAGCGGAGAACAACCCCGAUGCCAUGUUCAUGCUUGCGGAGAUGAACUUCUACGGCAACUUCUCACACCCCAGGAAUUACUCCGAGGCCUUCCGACGAUACCACGAUCUCGCUUUGCUGAACGGGAAUGCCUCGGCCCAACAUAUGGUUGGAUUCAUGUACGCGACGGGAAUUGGCGGCGCUGUGAAACAGGAUCAAGCGAGGGCUAUGAUAUACCACACCCUAGCGGCGGAAGGAGGAGAUGUCCGUUCGGAAAUGACGAUUGCGUACCGACACUCGUCCGGGAUAGCCACGCCGCGGAACUGCGAUGAAGCUGUGUACGACUACAAGAACGCGGCGGACAAGGCCAUCGCAUACAUGAGGUCCGGCCCGCCCGGAGGUCAUAACAUCAUCAAGGAGUCGUACAGGAUUGCCGAUGAAGAAGGCGGCGUCUAUGGCGACGGCGCGAGUGCGUCCAGCUCGGGGCCUAACGCCAAACACGGCAGUCCCAACUCAGACGUAUAUUCCUCCCUGGACGAUGUGGUCGAAUACAUGGAUCUACAAGCAAGGAAAGGCGACCCCAGGGCUAGCUUCAAUCUCGCCAAGCUGAAUUACGACGGAGCGAGAGCAUCCAAACGAGACCUCCCAGCCGCAAAGAAGCGCUUUCUAGAACUCGCACGUAUGUACUGGGGCAAAGACGGGAAGACGAACAAGAAUGUCUCAGGCCUCACAGAGAAGCUUGCUUCGAAGGCUGCAGGCUAUCUUGGGCGCAUGUUUCUUCGCGGGGAGGGAGUAUUGCAGAGUUACAGUCUUGCCCAGACCUGGCUCAAGCGUGGAGUGGAGCACGGCGAUGCUCUGUCCCAGUAUUCAAUGGGACUUAUCUAUCUCCAUGGACUCGGGGUACACAAAGACCCUGUCAGGGCUGCGGAUUACUUUGGCGCAGCCGCUGAUCAAGACCUCUCUGUUGCGCAGGUCAGAAUGGGCGCUCUAUUCCUCGAUCAAGGAGACAUUACCACAGCCGUUCGUUAUUUCGAGCUCGCAGCGCGUCACGGUCACCUAGAAGCGUACUAUUACCUCGCCGAACUCAGCCAUCACGGGGUCGGUCGCGAUAAAUCAUGUGCCAUCGCAUCAACCUACUAUAAGAUAGUGGCAGAGAAGGCUGAGAUCAUCUCAACUUCUUUCCAAGAAGCAAAUGAAGCAUACACGGCCGGCGAUCUUGAAACAGCCCUUGUCGGCUACAUGAUGGCCGCUGAACAAGGUUUCGAGGUCGGCCAAGCCAAUGUAGCGUAUCUUCUCGACCAAGUUAAACCACGCUUCACUCUACGCUCUCUUGUUCCGUUCAUGAAGAAAAGGGCGUCACUAGUCGGGGACGCCGCCCUGGCUCUGAUCUACUGGACGCGUUCUGCCGAACAGAAGAAUGUAGACUCAAUGGUGAAACUUGGGGACUACUAUCUCGAGGGUCUGGGUACCUCUCCUGACCAAGAAAAAGCUGCCGCUUGUUAUCAAGCCGCAGCGGAGACUCUGCAAAGUGGGCAAGCUUUGUGGAACCUAGGCUGGAUGCACGAGAACGGUAUUGGUAUAGACCAAGACUUCCACCUCGCAAAGAGGCUGUACGACCAAGCGCUUGAGACAAACCCUCGUGAAGCAUACCUGCCGGUUGUUCUAGCUCUCUAUAAACUGAGGUUCCGUAGUUGGUGGAACACGUUUACCAAUGGGAAGAUCAAAUCCAUUCAGGAUGAACCAGUCGAAAAGAAAGACUGGUCUCUAUCCGAAUGGCUGGCUGCAUUUUUAGAAGCCGAAAUUGCUGGCUGGGAUGACCCCGAGCCAGACGAUUACGAUGACAGUCACAUGCCCGGGCGUGACGAUUACGGAGGGGCCCUUGACGAUAUUGAUUCGGACAUACUCGAAACACUAGUUAUCCUUGCUCUCGCUGGUGCUCUAGCUUUUUUGCUAUAUUACAGAACGCAAAGGCAACGGAGGGCAGAAGAAGAGAGGAGAAGGCAGCAACAGCAACAACAACAACAACAACAACAACAACAACAAGGCCAAGAUCAAGGUCAGCCCCAGCCCCCACCCCAGCAGGAAGACCGAGGAAUGUUUCCACACCCGGGCGAUCCUGAGUUCUUGAACUGGGCGGCCGGUGCUGUAGGUCAUUGAUGUCUUAUUCCCCGUUCUUGAAGCCUCUUGGAAUUACACAUGCAUUGGGUGGCGUUUAUGAUAAUAUGGAGGAAGGGCCUUUAGCGGAUGACGGUGAAUGAAGGAUGAAUGAAAUGGAAAAGGGGGGAGGGGUCGGUACAGUAAAAACGUCUCUUCUUGAUCCUGCGCGAUUCCUCCUAUUGUAUGUACACG